AUGGAGUACGAAGGAAUUCUACUGGGAAUGGGAAAUCCACUUUUGGAUAUUUCUGCUGUCGUGGAUCAAGAAUUCUUGGACAAGUUUGAUAUUAAAUUGAACAAUGCAAUUCUGGCUGAAGAGAAGCACUUGUCUAUGUAUGAUGAAAUGGCAUCAAAGUACAACGUGGAGUACAUUGCUGGAGGAGCUACUCAAAAUUCAAUCAGAGUUGCUCAGUGGAUGCUUCAAAUUCCUGGUGCAACCAGUUACAUGGGUUCAAUCGGAAAGGACAAAUAUGGGGAGGAAAUGAAGAAAAAUGCAAAAGAAGCUGGAGUUAAUGUUCAUUACUACGAAGAUGAUUCUCCUACUGGUACUUGUGCUGUAUGUGUGGUUGGUGGUGAAAGAUCACUUAUUGCCAAUUUGUCAGCUGCAAAUUGCUACAAAUCUGAUCAUUUGAAGAGACCAGAAAAUUGGGCUUUAGUUGAAAAGGCCAAGUACAUCUACAUCGCCGGAUUUUUUCUAACAGUUUCCCCAGAAUCUAUAAUGCUUGUUGCUGAGCAUGCAGCUGCUAAAAAUAAGAUUUUCACUACUAACCUUUCUGCUCCAUUUAUCUGUGAGUUCUUCAAGGAUGUCCAAGACAAAGUAUUUCCGUAUACUGACAUCGUCUUUGGAAAUGAAACAGAGGCAAGAACUUUCUCCAGAGUUCAUGGCUGGGAGACUGAAAAUGUUGAAGAAAUAGCUUUGAAAAUUUCCCAAUUGCCAAAGGCCAAUGAAGCGCGCAAAAGAAUUACUGUCAUCACUCAGGGUGGAGAUCCAGUUGUUGUCGCAGAGGAUGGAAAGGUGAAGUUGUUCCCCGUAAUUCCGUUGCCAAAAGAAAAGCUCGUUGAUACCAAUGGCGCAGGGGAUGCUUUUGUUGGAGGAUUUCUGUCUCAAUUGGUUCUAGAGAAACCUAUUGAAGAUUGUGUAAAAGCAGGUUGUUAUGCCGCAAAUGUCAUUAUCCAGAGGUCAGGAUGCACGUAUCCAGAGAAGCCUGAUUUUAAAUGA